CCCUCCUUUUUUUUCCUUCUCCCUCUCUCCCUCCUUCUCUCUCUCUCUCGGCUUGCUCCUCUCUCGAUCUCGUCCCCUCCUCCCCUGCUACAGCACACCUGCUUUCUCUUGGCUGCACGCAUUCUCACAGUGAUCGGCUCUUUGGCCUGCCGCGCUGCAGCUUCACUCCAUCCCUCUCUGGAUUUUCGGGUGGUCAUCCUUCUCUCCAGUUCCUGCAAACGGCACAGGUCAGUGACACUAUGAGGUUGGCCUGUCUUACCCUGCUUCUGGUGUCCGUGUGCUGGGCUCUGCCCUUCCGUCAGAGUGGCUUUCUGGACUUCGGGAUAGAGGAAAUUUCAGGUGAAGGGCCAACUCACGUCACACCUCCAGAAGUACCUGAUGUACCUGCUGGACCCGUUUGUCCAUUCAGAUGCCAGUGCCAUCUGCGUGUGGUGCAGUGCUCUGAUCUAGGGAUGAAAAACGUUCCCGAGGAUAUCCCAUCAGACGCCCAUCUGCUGGACCUGCAAAACAACAAGAUCACCGAGAUCAGAGAGAACGACUUCAAAGGCCUCAAAGGACUUCAUGCUCUCAUCCUGGUAAACAACAAGAUCGCCAUCAUCCAUGCCAAAGCUUUUGCUCCUCUGGUCAACCUUCAGAGGCUUUACCUGUCCAAGAACAUGCUGAAGGAUAUUCCCAGCAACAUGCCCAAGAGCGUCCAGGAGCUGCGCAUCCAUGAGAACCAGAUCACCAAAAUCAAGAAGGCCUCCUUCACUGGCAUGGUUAAUGUCAUUGUGAUGGAACUUGGCUCCAACCCCUUGACCAGUUCAGGUGUGGACGCAGAUGCUUUCAAGGAUCUGAAGAGGGUUUCCUACAUCCGUAUCGCUGACACCAACAUCACCACUGUUCCCAAAGGUCUGCCUAGCUCUCUGUCAGAGCUCCACCUGGAUGGGAACAGGAUUACCAAGGUCUCUGCCGACAGCCUGAAAGGUCUCAAGCACCUGGCCAAGCUUGGCCUGAGCAGUAAUGAGAUCAGUGUUGUGGAGAACAGAACUCUGUCCAUGAUGCCACACUUGAGGGAGCUCCACCUGGACCACAACGCUCUAACCAGUGUGCCUGCUGGUCUUUCUGACCACAAGUACAUUCAGGUGAUCUAUCUUCAUGCCAACAAGAUAGCCUCUGUGGGAACAGAAGACUUCUGCCCUCCCAGCUUCAACACCAAGAAGGCCAUGUAUUCCGGCAUCAGUCUGUUCAGCAACCCCGUGCCGUACUGGGAGGUCCAACCCAUCACCUUCCGUUGUGUCUUUGACCGCUCCGCUGUUCAGCUGGGCAACUACAGGAAGAAAUAGGGCGUCCAGUCAGAGUGCCUGAUCACUGUCCUUGUCCCGCCCCCUCCCCCUUUCCAAAGCACCUCAAGUGUGUAACUCGAAUUCGAAUGUCAUAACUCAGAUUCAAAAUGUGUUCUGAGUAUACUGAAAAUGGCACACAACAGUCAAUACUGGGCACUAAUCUCACAUAAUCGAGUAAUAAACAGUAACAUCAAGUAUCUUGCACAUUACAUGUUACAAAAAGAAAUAGCUAAACACGUAUCAGGCUUUUGUUCCUCAUUUUUUUUUUCUCAUAUACAUCCCUAUAGCACUACUAGAACCUUGUGUUAAGUUGGAGAGCAUAAUUAAUUAAUCACAGAGGUAUUAAAGAAAAAGCCAUGACCACUUAGGAUAAUCAAGUGCACAUAUAUGUAGUCCUUUGGUUCAAAAGAAUGUGGUUCUAUUCAGAUUUUUUUUUUGUUCAUAUAAAGAAGAUCCACUCCUGGCCCCUCUCUGGAUCUUUGGGACUUUUCUAAAUUGACAAGGCGGGCCUGCUGAGCGGGCAGCGAAAGGUUAAUUUGCUCCACAGUACCAGGUAAAAGAGCUGAUAUACUAGGUGCACUCAACUAUUAUUACCUGUAUAGCAGUAGUGUUCAGCGUGUACUGUUAGAAAUACAGCCAUCAUGCUCAAAUUUUCCAUUUUUCUCUUUUUUUCUGUAGUAUUCAUUUCAAUUAGGAGAAUUGUCACACUGCAGUAUUUUCCUCCUCUUGCUUCAGAUGUGCAUUUUGUUUGUUCGUUCGUUUGUCUGAUCGUUUUAAACCCAGCUGCCAUGCCACAUAUGGUAGAAAAAAAAGCUCUUCAAGAGGUAGAAUAAACUAUAUUGUCUUUUUAAUGGAAGCAAUUUCCAAAGAUCUGUGCUUUUUCACUAUUCUUCUACUUGUUCUUCUUCACCAAGGGUGGCGUGCCAUGUUUAAAUGUGUGCAUUUUUGUCUGAAGAGGAGUGAAAGGAGCAGAUAGACGUGGCUGAACAUGUCCCCCUCUGUCCUGUGUUAGUGACUGUCACAUGUAUAGAAGCUGUAAAUAAAUGCUGUAUAAAAAAAAUCCCUUUCCUUGCUUAAAGAAAACAAGCACGGUAGUCGUCCGGACUUUAAUAUAUCAGCAAUAAAGGUGACUUCUUUCCUGA